AUGGACGGACGGCUAUACAGAGCAGCUCAAAGUGGUGAUAUGAAGGUCUUAAGAGAAUACAAGGACCAGCUCACCACACAGUUAACUCCAUAUAAGAACACGGUUCUUCAUAUUGCAGCUGAUUGCACUAAUAUCUCUUGCAAAGACGCCGGGAAAUUUCUUGCUAUAGUUAGACAAGACCUGUUAUUCUGCUUAAACUCUAAUGGGGAUACUUGUAUUCAUGUGGCAGCUAGGAAAAGCCAUUUCACUCUCAUCGAAGCCCUUAUUGGCUACAUGAAACAAAAUUGUCCAGCUGGGCUCGAAGGUGGUAUUGAAUCAAUCCAUGAGCUCCUGAGGAUUCCCAACAACAAAGGAAACAUGGCCUUGCAUGAAGCUGUGAUGAACCGGAAUCACCGGGUGGUGGAAAUGUUGGUUAGAGAAGAUGCUGACUUCACACAUCCGCCCAACAAAGCUUCGAAAAGUCCACUAUUUCUGGCUAUGGAGAAGAAAGACAAAGUUUCUGCUGAAUUGAUCUUGAGCAUCUCCAGGUCACCAUCUUAUGCAGGCCCUUACGGCACUACGGCGCUACAUGCAGCUGCAUUAAUCCGAUAUUGGGUUUAUGAUUGCUUGGAAAUGAUAAUACCAGCAGGAUGCUUGGAAAUGAUACUAGGAAAGAACUCAGCAAGAUGCUUGGAAAUGAUACUAGGAAAGAACCCAAGUUUGAUAAAUCAAGUAGAUGAUGAAGGAUGGAGUCCUCUCCAUUUCGCUGCAUUCUUAGGGUCUCGAGUGACAGUGAGGGUAUUAUUAAAGAAAGAUAAACAGAUGGCAUAUGAAACCAUAAAAGAAGACAAUAAAACACCCCUCCAUUUGGCAGCCUCUAAUUUUAAUUUUGGUGCUUUGAUAGAGAUUAUUAAGCAGUGUCCGGAUUCUAAUGAGGCGGCCACAAGUCAAGGCCAUAAUGCUUUUCGCCUUGCAGGGCCAAUAUGCGUUGUGCCACUAGGGUGUUUUUGUUAUGCUUGUGGCUAUCGCACGGUGGAUUAUGCUGAACAGUCGAGUGACCCAAGCGUUGUCAUACAUCACCCUUACUUGGAGCAAGCAGGUCUAUGGUGGCGGGGGAAAGAAGUAAACAAUGAACUCGCGGAAGACAGACUCUCCUGGAAAGAAAGAGUAAACGCACAUUUGCUAGUGGCUACACUCAUAACAGCAAUUGCUUUCACGGCUGGCUUCACCAUUCCUGGUGGAUAUGAUGAUGACGAGGGUCCAAGUAAAGGCAUGGCAAUCUUAGCGAGGAAAACAGCCUUCAAAGUGUUCGUGGUAGCUGAUACACUUGCCCUGAUAUCUUCUACGUUUGCAGUACUUCUGCACUUCAAUGCAACCCUUAAGCGAGGGACUAUGAAGUGUGAUAGUUACUUUUGGGCUGCAAUAUUCAUCAUAAUUGCUACGCUAGCAAUGAUGAUAGCAUUUACGACUGGCUUGUAUGUUGUGCUGCCUUUCAAAGACCUAGCCAUAGGUGUCUGUGUCGUGUGCUCUGUGUCACUUUUCGGUUUUGCGUUUGUAUUCGACAUGCAAGGGUUCUUAUACUAUUACUAG